AUGGCAACCAAAGAGGGCAAACAGUGGUGGGAUCCAUAUGAAACAUCCCAUGGGAGACAAUUCGUCUACCGGCCAAACUCAGCUGCAGAGAUUCUGCUGUGCCCAACGUCAACUUCAUUUAUAGACUCCUAUUCAAAGUCUGGACCUUUCGGUUCAACUGUGUACAAUCAGGAUUUUAGCUGGAAGUCAUCCUGUAAACCUGAAUGCAUCCGUACAGGAACUGCCUCAGGGCACAGGAGAAACAACCCACAUCCCAGUCAGUCUUUCAUGAUGUGGAGGCUGCCUAGGGACACCGCACGAAGCUCAGAGUAUGUCGGCUUCCCUUGGAAAUGUCCCCCAUCUGAGGAGGAGAUCAACAAAGCCUUGACAGCGCAGUACCGCUCCACCUACAGAUGUGACUUCAUAGGUAUGCUUCAAGGUAGAACUCAUAUUAAUAAUACAGAAAGAAAAUUUGCACCUAAGCAAAGAAGGCGUGAAGUGUGGCCCUCUACUGACACAGAGAUGAGGGACAAUUACUGCCAGCCAAAGCAAACACCUGAGCUGCUGCGCUACCACCACAGCACAGAUCCUCACGUGGCCGGUCGUGGUAUAGUUCCAACUGUUGUGCAAAGGCACAUCCACACUCAGCAGAAAAGAUCACACUUGACUAACUACGACAGGUUUUGUGGAAAGAGAGCCACUAAUGUUGCAUGUGUGAUAAAGUCUCUGCUGCCCCAGGAGCUGAAGCAGUUACACAGUAUUUUACCGGAGGAUGAGAAGGCUGUUUUGAGUAAAGAUGAUUAUCCAAACAACAGUGAGAAAGUGAAUAAACUUCCAGCAAUCGUGCUUAAUUCCUGCUUACCAGAAUGCAUAUCAAGCUGGCCAGGACCUUUCUGA